UAGUAAUCCAAAACACACUUUGACUCUAGAUAUGUCUUCGCUCGUCUAUUCCUUCUUUCUUUUCGUGCGGCCGUGUCACCGCGUGGUUCACUGCCGCGUUUCCUAAGAAACAAUCAAAAUGGCUAUCAGACCUGUAUACAGGCCAACAAUCGUCAAAAAAAGGACGAAAAGAUUUAUCCGCCACCAGUCGGAUCGCUAUGACAAACUUAAGAGAAACUGGCGUAAACCGAGAGGUAUUGACAACAGAGUGCGUAGGCGCUUCAAGGGUCAGUACUUGAUGCCCAACAUUGGUUAUGGUUCAAACAAGAAGACCCGUCACAUGCUCCCCAAUGGUUUCCGCAAGGUGCUCGUCCACAAUGUCCGCGAACUGGAGAUCCUUAUGAUGCAGAACAGGAAAUACUGCGCAGAAAUCGCACACGGCGUCUCCUCCAAGAAGCGCAAGGCGAUAGUUGAGCGCGCGCAGCAACUCAGCAUCAGGGUCACCAACGCGGCCGCCCGUCUCCGCUCGCAGGAGAACGAAUAAACUAAACACUUUAGUAUAUAAA